UUGAGAUUAAUAUGUCGUUUCAGGCUUAAGGAAGCAGAAAUAGUAGGCGUGUUCAUCGAAAGGUUGUCGGUCGAACUACUGAAGUCGUUAAAGUCAGCCUGUGAUAAAGUGGUUUCCAGCGCGGAGGACAUGAGCACUUCUCCGCAGUUCCGGCGAUCGUCUGAUUCCGAAGCAUCAAAGGACAAGCCCAAGAUUUGCCGUUCGACAAGACCAAAAUCGAUCGUCGGUACGUCAGUUUUUGCGUAA